UUCAUGUUAACAGAAUUUUUAUUUUUUGUUUCAUUUAUUUAUUUAUAUCUGUUGUUCAGUUCAGUACAGCUUUGUUUGUACAUGGGUUUUACGUUUAUACAUAAUGUUCUGGGGGCGCCACAAGAUGGCGCUGUUGGCUUCACUUACUACUCGUUCCGCCCUCCAUGAAGACUCUUGAACGCCUCUCCUGCUUUCGUCGACUCCUGCUGCACCGCGACGGCGGUUUCCCGGGCAACCGAGGAGCGACAACAAACAGGAGACUGGACCAAGUUAACAAUAAGCAAAGUAACGACGACGGUAGAUAAACAGACAAUGCCAAUUAUCAGACGGUUUGUUUUGGUAAAAUGUAGACCAUUGGCAUGUUUAUUUCGUAUCCAACAAGUUUAAGCGCUCAAAUAAAAAGUUUUACUACAACUCAGCUGUGUGUGAGGUGCUGGGAUGAAAGUGAAACGCCAUUAAGUAAUUCUCUGUAAAUUUCACCGUCAUGAGCGAGGUGUGUGUCCGGGUGGCGGUCCGUAUCCGUCCCCUGCUUCCUAAAGAAGUCCUCCACAACCACCAGGUGUGUGUGCGGGUGGUGCCGGGCUCCGCACAGGUGAUGCUGGGCUUAGACCGACUCUUCUCCUUUGACCACGCGUUUGGACCCACAGACAGCCAGGAUGAGGUGUACGAGUCCUGCGUCCAGCCCCUGGUGGAGUCCCUGGUCGACGGCUACAAUGCCACCGUCUUCUGUUAUGGACAAACGGGGUCAGGGAAGACAUACACACUCGGAGGGGGGAACCUGGAUGAAGAGGGAGGGAUUAUUGACCGUGUGGCUCAGGAUGUGUUCUUGUUGCUGGGGGUGAAGAGGGAGAACAGUGAUGGUGUGGAAGCCACAGUGCGGGUCUCAUAUAUGGAGCUGUACAGGGAGGAACUGCGAGACCUGCUGGAACUGCACACCAUUCACAAAGAGCUUCAUAUUAGAGAGGAUGAGAGGGGACACACAGUGGUGGUGGGAGCCAAAGAGGUGGUUGUCACCUCAGCAGAGGAGCUACUAAGUGUUCUAGAGACGGGCAAUGCUCUGCGCCACACUGGCACCACGGGGAUGAACGAGCACUCGAGUCGCUCUCACGCCAUCCUCACCCUUCAGCUUAUCCAGUGUUGCCACAACAACUCCUCCUUAAAAUCCGUCCGCUCUUCCAAACUCUGUUUGGUUGACCUAGCAGGCUCAGAGCGUGCUGGAAAAACUGGAAACACUGGGACGCGGCUCAAAGAGUCUGUUCAUAUCAACACAGGCCUGCUCGCGCUGGGCAACGUCAUUCGUGCCCUCUCUGACCCUGGUCGAAAUCGCCGUGGUAACAGCUGCAACAGUGCACACAUACCGUACCGUGAUGCCAAGAUCACCCGUCUCCUCCGUGAUUCACUGGGAGGCACCGCCCAUACGCUGAUGGUGGCGUGCGUGAGCCCCUCCCACCACAGUGUAGCUGAGACUCUGAGUGUCCUGCAGUUUGCAUCCAAGGCUCGUCACAUUCGUAACCGUCCCGGAGCAGUAUCUACUCACACAGAGGUUAAAUCAUGUCCUACAACCUGGGACCCUGGUGAGGCUCGACUGGGUGAGCUUGAGUAUGAAGUACGGACACUGAGAGAGCUGCUGAAAGAGAAGGAGAGAGAGAUGGAGAUGAAAAGGGAGAGGACUGCUGGAAGAGCUGGAGAGGGGGACAGCUUCAAACAGCCCAGUCAGAUAAGGAUAUCUGAUCCAGAUAAGAAGGUGAACCAAGAGGAACCAUCACAGUACCGCCUUCUGACACAGGAAGCUGCAGCACUGCUUGCAGAUAUCCCUUGCCCCACUCCAAGUCACUCUUUCAGACAGCGACUGCAGGAUUGGCAGGAGAGACUGACAGCUGUCAAUCACUCACAUCAAGCUGAUGAUAUGGAGUGUUCAGAGGGGGGUGGAGACCAACCCCACCAUGUGGCCAUAUUAAAGCUAAGAGAAGAACUCAACAAAUGUAAGGAGGCUCUCGCCAUAGAGGAACAGCUAUUGGAGAAGAAAGAUGCAGAGCUGAGACAGGUCCAAAAUGAAGUAGAGAAACUUCUUCAACAGAGCAAAACCCACCGUCAGGCCUUUGAGGAAGAAAAGGAACGUACUCGUAUACAGACUGAACAACUUGUGGACCAGCAGAUCCUCAUCAGUCGUCUUCGCAGCGACCUCAUGACAUUUAAGUGUGCAACCUCAGUGGAAGCAGGGGCUUCUGGGACCUCGGGCAAGAGACCCCACAGUGUCCCUCUGAUCAGACACAGCUGUGGACACGGGCCCCUCAGGAGGAUUCACUCCAGUCCCCCAGCCUAUUCACUGGAGAGGGUGAUGGCAGCCUUUAAGAUGCGCGGUCAUCUCCUGCUGGCUGAGAUUGAGGAAAAGGAUGAGGUGUACUGUCCAUUCUUAAAACAACAGGCAGAGAGCAAAGACAGAGAUCAAGAGAAGGAGGAGGAGGAUGACAUCUUAGUGGGCAGAAUGGGAUUUAGGCGUUCUUUAAACCGAACAUGGACCAACCGGCAGAAGAAAUCAGCUCUGAAAGAGAAAAACUCUAGACUAGACCAAACAUCUAAUGGAAAUCCAUUAGUUCAACAGCCUCAGCAAGCCACAGGAACCAAGGAAAACCCCUCCAAGCAAAGCCACAUGAGGAAGGCGAGACUAAGAGCCAGUGUUACUCAGAGAAGGAUCGAAGAUCUGUCAGUCAACAUGCGCAUGAAAGAGGAGCUCAUCAAAGAACUUGAUAAAACUGACAAGGAGUCCCAAGCAGUGGACAGACAUGGCAGGCACAGUGGUGAUGGCAGAGAAGCCGGCGUGUUGGCAAGACUUUCCAUGCAGAGCCAGCAGGUCCAAGCAGAGGUGUACCACAGCCUGCAGCACAUGAGACUGCAGAGAGCACAGCUUCAGACCAGCCUCAGGCAGCAGAGAGAGACCAGUGACAACCACAAAGAACUUGACCAAAAUGGGGAGCAAAGGGCAGGAGAUUUGACUGCUUGCAAAAGCAAUCACCAGAAAGAGUCAAAGGAAAAGCUUCGUGACAGUAGUUGGCUGGAGGAGGAGGAGGAGUGGGUGCUUCAGAAGAGAGCAGAGCUCCAGGAGCUGGAGGAGGAGCUGGGGAGGAGAGAGGAGGUGCUCCUGCGCAGGGAGGCCUGUCUGCAACAGAAAAACAAACUGGAGGUCAAGAUGCUACGCUCCAGUCAGGCUCUGAGUCAGGACCUGCUGCAUGUGUCGGUGCAGUUGGAGUCUCUGGAGGAGCAGCUGCAGAGCAGCAGCAGUGUGAGGCAAACUGGAGGAGUCACCAUAGAGGAACUGGAAAAAGAGAGAGUUGCACUUCAAAAGAGGAGAGACACUCUGGACGCCCAGCUGAAGGACAACAGAGUGCUCACUGUGGAGGAGGAGCAUUCCCUGCUUCAGCUGGAGGAAGCUAUUGAUGCUCUGGAUGCAGCUCUGGAGUUUAAAAACCACUCCAUCCAGGACAAACAGAAGAAAUUGUUAAUCACAGACUCCUCUUCACAUCAGUCACACAGCACUGAACCCGCCCAGCUCUGUAAUGUCAUCAGGAAGCUGAAGGAGCUCUCACCACCUGAAGCUUCGGAGCUGCUUGUCAAAUAUUUCAACAAGGUUAUUUGUCUUCGUGAGGCGGAGCGUCAUUUGCGUUUGCGUUGUGAAGAGCUGGAGCUUCAUGCUGGAGAGCAAGAGGUGGUGCUGAGGCAGUUGGAGGUCGCCAUGCAGCGCCUGGCCCUGGAUGCAGACCGCAGGCUCACCCAGCAGCACCGAGAUCACCAGAACAACAUCCAGCUACUGCUUCAGAAACUUAAAGAGGGUGGUUCAGGAGAGGCACAGCAGGCCAUCCAAGACAGACUGCAGCAUCUAGAGAAAGAGCUGUUUUUCUACAAAAGCUCCAGCCGCCAGCUUAAAAAGAAACUCAAAAAGCUUCUUGGUGACGCCCUACACCCUGACGAUCAGUCCUCACACUCGCAGGAACACAGACAAACACACAAUAUGCAGAUACAUGCAAGUGCAAGUGAACCCCAAACGCACACUGAAGAGGUACAGACGAGGACACAUCUUGCAACAACAUACACAAACAUACACACUGAACAAACAAACAAAAAGACACACAGCGAUUCUCAUAUGAAGAGACAUGCACACCAGACCCCUUGCCUCUCCUCAUCGUCUGACCUCCAAACACGCAAAACGACGAAAAUGCCCGAAUACAGCCAGAUACACACACAGUCCCGGGGGGGGAGUGAAAGAGGGGCUGGUCACUCUGGGGGAAGUUUAGAGAUGACAUCAGUCCGUUUGUGUCGCAUACAGCUGAGACAGAUUUCUCCAGAUGACCUGCAGGUCUGUGGUUCUGCCACAAGGAGGCGCCAGUCUGUUGUGGAUACCAGCACAGAGUCAAUACUAGAGGACUCCAUAGAAGUGCCCAGAAACACUGACAGAUGACGAUGCAUCAUUUGCGGAUCUAUUCAGUGGCUUUACGUAGAUCAUAGUAUCUACGAGUCACUUGGCAGCAGCAAUGUGUACAGCCAAUUCCAGUUGGGUGCUAGUAAACAAAGGAAAAUGUGUGUCAUGAAUAACCGAUGACAAAAACUCAUCUUAAGUAUCUUGUGAAAAUGUUCAUGUAUUGUUUGAGGGAAAAUACUUAAUUUAAGGACUUUAUAGGGCCAGUGAGAAGUGCCCACAAGCUAAUUAAAUUACUUAACAAUAUCAAAAUACUGGUCAAUAUUUAAUACAUUUCCAUAUUCACAAUAUACAAAAGAAUUAGAAGAAUGUGUGUUAAGUUGGACAGUUUUUAUUCUCAGUUUUUCUUUAUAAAUACCAUUGUUAAACAAUGCAAUACUGCUGUCAAUGUAGUACCACAGAAUAGUGAAACCACCAAAAGUGAGAACUGCAGAGUUUAUGACCUGAGGAGAAGACAGUGUCUUCUAGAUUGACUGAAAUGUUGGUUAAUGUUGAAAUGUCUUUACAGUGAACCAGUUCAGUCUCUUGUCAUAGCACUGUCUUCCUAUUUAUCCGUCUUCCUUGGUGGUCACAGAUUUCCCAGAUCCUAACUAUGCUGAAUGUUGUGGAGUUUUGCCAUUUCUUAUCUUUGUGUUUCAAAGAUAAGAAACACAAAGAAAGGCCAGUGUUGUCAUGACAACAGAAUUAACAAGAUAAAUGGCAUUUACAGAAGUACAUUUACAAUAACAUGGCAGAUUUAUUACACAAAAAAAUGGAGUGAAAUUUCCCAUUUGCGAUUAUAGAUUUUUGUCUCAGCUUUUGCCACACCCAAAUACAACACUGCACAUUCCAUGUUUUGGACCCCUAAAUUAUUUGGGGAUCUUAAGUUUCAAGCUCUUGUUCUAGAUAAAUACAUAAAACAAGUUUUAAAAACUAUCUUUGUAAUGUCAUAAAUAUUUCUGACAUAAAUAGAUUCUAUACAUAACUUACAACCUUAUGUAAAUUGUGUGAGAAUGGGAUAUUUAAUGCAAAAAGCAGCACUUUUCUGUGAUUAUUUCUGUAGUCAUAAUACAGCAGCUCACCUUAAAGUUAUCAACAGCUGCUUCCACUAAAUUGAUUCCUAGCCUUUACAAACAUUAUUAGUUUAAACAAUACAAUAAGUUAGGUAAAACAUGUUCAUCAAGCUAUUGUUUAAUAUAAUAAAAUAGUGCCUCGUGAAGAGAAGUGCUUUCACCUUUAAUUUUCAGCACUGUUUAGCACUUAAAAUGGCCAGUAGAUAAAGUUUUCCGCACUACAACAGUAAUAUAAAGCUUGGUAGUGUUUUUUAUGCAUGAUACAAACUUUUUGUAUUUGUGUGCACUAUGUACCAUUAGUUAUAUGUUGAUUGCUGUGUAAAUUAUUUUUUAUAUGGUUGACUCUUAUUACAGUCAAAUGUAUUAAACUUACUAAUAUGCAUAUCUCA